AUGACUUUAAAUUAUUUCCAGGAUGGGACCGCGCAACGAAGUCGUACUUGCAAAGUUCGAUUAUUAUUUGCAGGUGUCUGGAAAGUAUGGGGACAUUUGGAGAUGUUGGUGGCACACAUGCAGACGCCACGCAAAUUGGAAGCACCAUCGAUGCAGCUCCUUCGCAAUCGGUACUAUUGGGAGUGGUGUUUUCAGGAAAACAAGUCGAUUGCGGAGAUGCUACGGGAAACGGCCAAUGAGUUUUUACGGGAAAGAUUUCUUCAGGGAUUUGAAUUCGUCAAAGAACACAACCUUUACUAUAACCCCGUGACAGGAUAUUAUUACGAUGAAAACACGGGUCUCUUCUAUCAUGCAGCUACACGGUGCUACUAUUACUACGAUAGUCAAACGGACAACUAUGUUUAUUAUUCGAGACUCCAGUGUGAUCAGCUUUGGAGGGACAAACUGGCUGAAAGAAGGGCAUUCACCUUAUUUGGGGCAUCAUAUGCGUCAGGCAUGUCACAAGAUGAAGUGGAUGUUUUCGAGUGUCUCUGUUCGCUUUUGCGAGAUGUUUCCCGUUUGGCAGACACUGAUCAGCCAGGAUGUGAUGAUCCAUUGGAAGAUGGGAUUAGCACUCUUAUUCAGAACGAAAGAAUGGAAUACGCUCCAUGUCUACGUAUUGUUAACCAGAGCAGCGGUGCUUUGUACGUGAUUAUUGCUGAUGUUAGUUAUGACGAAGAAAAGCAGAAGUACUUUGUGAGGGCAGCAGCGGAUGGAGCAGAAAUUUCCAUUAAUGGGCAGAAGUUGAACUGCAUUGCACCGGCAGCUGUCGAGCAUGGCGAUGAGUGGCAAUUUGAGGCGCAUACGCUUCUGGUUCAUAUCCAUCAUGCAUUCUCUAUUGAAGGGACGAAUACGUGUAGCGCAUGUGAGCAGCCUCUGUUGAAAAGCUCCCGAACGGUUUCCGGAUUGAGCAAUUCACUUCCUGAUGAAAAAAUUUCGAAGGAGACACAAAGGAGGAGAAUUUUACAGGAUAUCAAAAAGCAGUACGGAAUUUAUAAUGCAAGUUACUGCUUCUUGUUUAUUCAGAAUAAGGCGAUUUUUGCAGUGGGAAGCGUUUGUACGGGUCAUUUUACGAUUUCAGGAAUGACGAUUGCGCUGGCAGAAGAGAAGCCUUCCUCUUCGAAGGUUUUGGAUGAAAGCAGCCGAGGAUUCAAUUUGCUUCAAAAAAUGGGAUGGAAACAGGGCUGUGGACUGGGGCGUAAGGAGGAUGGAAUAACGGAACCGAUAAUCUGUGAAGUUCGCCCUGAGCGUGUAGGACUUGGAAUGAAGAAAGACGUGAAUUUCCAGAUAUCAGGGAAACAGAGCAAGAAGCAGCACAUAAUGCAUCUUACGAGACAGCGUUAUGAGAAGAGUGAAAUAUUUUUGGUUGAUAAUGAUCAGGAUGAUGAGAAUCACUAG